AUGAAUCGCUCAUCCUUCAAACCGGAAUUCUUGAUGCCGGCCGAUUUGUUCACUUUAAUGAAAUCGCUGCGGAGAGGUCUUGUUGUUGGAAGCAAGCAGAUUGUCAAUAGAGUAUCGGAGGAUGACGCGACUGGAGGGCAUUCCUUCGAUAACUGCACCUUCUGUCCAACCACUGUAUCUAUCAUCAAGACACUUCCAUCUAUCCCAUUCGUACUGGCGUGGAUCAUCCUGAAUACCAGUUACGAAAACGAACUUUUGAUGCUUUGA